UCAGUACUAGUUUCACCUGCCACCGGGAAGGACGAUAGCCCGCGCGCGGACGCCUAAAGCUAGACCGUAUAAAGAGUUUGCCCCUGCAAGCAGGCAAAACGCAUUCCUCGCACAAGGAAGAAAUUCCAUGCAUUGUUAUUGUUGUAGUUGGGAGUAACAAAGAAGAAGAAGAAAAAACGUGCAUGUCUCACGCCAUCUCCUGGAUGGCUGCAACCGAUCUUUUUUUGCCAGCAUCAGCUGCUGACAAACAAUAGAAGAAUAGAAAAAAAGGGGGGAGGCUCGCGCAAAGAAUUUUCAAAGAAGAAAAAAAUGGUUUCGUGGGAGUGAGAACAAUAGCAGGAAGCUGAAAAAAAGCAUUUCACCAUUGCGAACGGAAGUCAGGCGAAGCAAAACAGUGCAGAUUGCACACAAUAAUUGUGCAAUAACAUCCAGUGCGAAGGGUCGGGGGCCAAUUGUUGUUGGGGUUAGUUGGCAACGCUAGCUAGAGGACUUCAUGCGUUGAAAAGUGUGCAGAAAUGAAGUUAAAAUCUCUUGAUUAUGUGGACAUUAUCGAGAGCUUUACCAAUCGCUAUGAGCACAUCGUUAAAAAGAUGCGAUUCCAGCAGCGCCAGCAACAGGAACGCGACCAACGGAAGGUAGAGAUGGUGUCCGCGACCAAAACCGUGACGACCACUUCCGGCAACAGUAGCAGUAGCAGCAGCACGAUCCGCUCGUCGGCAACCACGGCCAUCCACCAGUCCGUGACGACCAGUUCCGCCGUCCAGCAGCAGCAGGACCUGUCCGCUUCGCUCGGCGCCGGCAAAGUCCGGGCAAUGUUCGAACAGCGCAAAGCGGCCGGAAUCGACAAAAGCUACCCGCUGCAACCGAUCGGGCAGGUUGUCAGCAAAAAUGGCAACACUGGCGCCGCGCCAUCCAAGGGGGCGGCGGCGACGGCGAACGGGCUGAACAACAAAACGCGCGUUCCGCCGAUUUCGGCCAACACGAAGGCUCGGCUUGCUAGGCAGCACCAGCAGGAAAACGGAAAUGGGGAGGUCCUCGGCAAAUCCGGCGGCGGUGCCAGUGCCACUUUCGACGACAACGAAAACCUGCUGGAGGACGAGAAGUUUCCAGACACAAUCUCCUUCGAUGAGGACUUUGCGCUGUCCACCGGAACGCUCCUCGCCCGGAAGCUGCCCAACGUUGGCAAACUCAACACCCCCGGGGCCGCAGCCACCACCAACGGCACCGUUCCAGCGCAGAACGUCAACAGCUUGAAGCUGAAACCGGUCCCGGGACGAACCCCGACGACGACCUCUCUGAAAGCCACUCCCGCAGCAGCCCCGAAAAAGACACCUCCAGCGGCGCCCCCAUCGGCGACAAACCCCUCGACGCCACGUGGCUCCCAGCCAAGUUCAGCCAAAUCUCGCGCAUCAACCGGAAAGUCCGCAACCGGAAUGGCGGCCUCUGGAUCGAGAAAGGCUUCGGCCAUUUCAGUCACGUCUGCGUCGAUUGCUUCAAUGGACGACGGUCCCGUGCCGGACGGAAUGGCUCGCUGCUCCGUGUGCGGACGGAACUUUGCCGAGGAUCGUGUCGCCAAGCACAUGGAAAUUUGCCGAAAGACCAAGAGCAAGAAGCGGAAGGUGUUUGACGUGACCAAGCACCGUGUCCAGGGAACCGACGCCGAGAAGUACGUCCUGCGGAAGGGGAAAACUGGCGUGGCGGCGAGUUCCGGCAGUAAAAAAUCAAUCUCCGGACCAGCGGCAUCGAAUGCCGCCGCGGCCACAUCCGGUGGCAAGGGUGAUUGGAGGAGGAAACACGAAGAAUUUAUCGCGGCCAUCAGGGCGGCCAAAGAGAUGAAGGCGUAUCUGGCCAAGGGUGGUAAGCUGUCCGAUCUGCCGCCGCCACCACCUUCGGAGAAUCCGGACUACGUCCAGUGUCCGCACUGCUCCCGGCGGUUCAACCAGACGGCCGCCGAACGACACAUUCCCAAGUGUAAAACGAUGCUGCACAACAAGCCGAAACCGGCCGCCAAGGGCAGGCGAGUUUAGGAAGAUAUAUUUUUGUUAAAACGAUUUUAACUUUAACGAUAUUAGUCAGCAACCAGAUUUAUCUAUUUUUAUAUAAAAUGCAAUCAUCUGUGUUUAGUAUUUGGAGCAUUAACAAUUUUAUGCUUUUCUUUCUAUCAAUCUCACAAAAAGUAGUAAACCGAAAAGACAAAAAAUACGAAAAAAAAUCAUUAACCAAUCGUAAUGCUCGCAUUUCACACCAAUUAAAAAGACCAACUGCAAAAACAAAAUUGCAAUCAAAAUUCAUCUCAAAUUAUCAGCAGAAGCAUGAAGAGCAAAAUAAAAACAGCAUGAAACAAUAACAAAAAGUGUAACGAGAUUGUGUCGUCGCGUGCUGAAGUGUGUUGAUGGGUGGGUUUUUAUCGUCUCGCGUGAAGUCGAGGGUCGGAGUCCAGUCGGAAGUUGGCCGGAACCAAAACCGAUUGGCAGGACAGAGUGGAGAAAACAGAAAUAAAUGUUUUGAAACAAAUGAAAUUGCAACAAAUAAAACCUCUCUCGCUUUCUCUCCCUCCCUCGCAGCAGUUUUUUGACCAAUAUUUAGCUGUAAUGGCUUUGGGUGUGUAACCGAGAGUAAGCUUGAACGAUGAA